GCCGGUUACAUCAAUAGCAGGCAUUUCCUUCUCGUGCCAGUUCAGAAGCACGAAAGUUUUGAGAAUUUAUUGUGUUCACAGCGAAAACUGUUCCCCGCAUGUUGGCGAGUAUGAUAAGAUCAAGGCAAAAAGCGGUUCUGCAGCAGUUUGUGCGAUGGUAUUCGGAGAGAAACAUUUUGAAGCUCACGGACCGUGGUUUCAUACAGGAUGUAUUUCCGGCAGAAUCAAUUGACAAAGCUCGUACAAUGCUUGGUGCCACAACACAGGCCGUGUAUGCUGGAUUCGAUCCUACAGCAAGCAGUCUUCAUGUCGGUAAUUUGCUCGUUUUGAUUGGACUACUACAUACGCAGCGUGCUGGCCACCAACCGAUAGCACUAAUUGGUGGAGCCACCGGUCUGAUAGGAGAUCCGUCCGGGCGCAAGACAGAACGGCAGCAGUUGGAAAGGGAAAUCGUGGAGCACAAUGUAAGCUGCAUUCGGCAGCAGAUCGAAACAAUCUUCGCUAACCACAGCCGUCUGUUCAGCGAAACGCCCACAUCGUUGAAACCAGUCAUUGUAGUCAAUAAUGCUGACUGGUACGAGCGAUAUAGUUUCGUCGAGUUCAUGUCAAACGUUGGCCGACACUUCCGGAUGGGAGCAAUGCUAUCCCGUUCGUCCGUGCAAAGUCGGCUUCACAGUGAGUCCGGUAUGAGCUUUACUGAGUUUUCCUACCAGCUGUUUCAAGCAUACGACUGGCUGCAUCUGCUGCGUCAGUACGAUUGCCGCUUUCAGCUGGGAGGCUCCGAUCAGAUGGGAAAUAUUAUGUCCGGACAGGAGUUAAUUAGCCGCACUGAGUCGAAGGAGGUUUUCGGUUUGACCCUCCCAUUGAUAACCAAUGAGGAAGGUGAUAAGUUUGGUAAAUCGGCCGGAAAUGCCGUCUGGUUAAGCGCGGAUCGUACCUCAGCAUAUGCCAUGUACCAAUUUUUUGUCCGCACCCCCGACUCUGAAGUAGAGAAACUACUGAGAUUGCUAACGUUUCUACCGGUACAAACCAUCGACCAGUUGAUGGCAAGACAUCGGCGCACACCGGAGCUAUGGGAGGCACAAAAAUGUCUAGCGGAGGAGCUAACAAAACUAGUGCAUGGUGAAGAAGGCCUGCAUAAAGCGAAAGCAAUAAGUCAAGCACUUUACAAGGGCGAUAUUUCCAUAUUGGAGCAGCUCGAUGUGAAAGAUAUUUCCCAGAGCUUCGGAGGAGCACCGAUGUGUGAAGUUCUUCCCGAACCUGGCAUGACGAUUUUGGACGUUGCAUUACGGGCUAACUGUUUCCCAACAAAGAAUGAUGCAGUACGCAUCAUUACCGCUGGUGGAUUUAGCAUCAAUUUCAAAAAGGCUAAAAACGUCUCAGAAGUUUUGACGCCCUCAGUGCACAUUCUUGCAAACAAAUUGUCUCUGUUGAGGGUAGGUAAACGGAACUAUUACAUUAUAAAGUGGCUGAUAUAGUGUACGAGCUAGGUUGUAAUUAAAUAUAAAAUAAACAACGAUAUGCGGAACACAUGUUCAAAAACGUGUGGCUGUCCGUUAGCAAUCCAAAACACAAAA